AAAAGAAAAGAAAAGAAAAAUCUGAUUGAAGCGUUUUGGAAUUUGCAAAUUGAGAAGAAGAAGUAGAAGAAGUAGAAGAAGUAGAAGAAGUAGAAGAAGUAGAUGAAGUAGAAGAAGAAGGUUAAAAAUGACCGUUCGAUGAGCUCUGAUCUACAGUUUCACUCACAAAAACUCCAUUUUUGAUCUCACUUCCAAUCUCCAUCUCUCUCUCCACUGAUUUUAUUCUUGAUUUUCGAGCCUUAUUCUCUUAACUUAAGUUUUUCUCUUCCCCUUUCCGUCGCCAUCUUCCUCUUCAAUCUCCGUUCAAUCCCAUUACUCAGCCGCCAGGGUUUUGGUUUGCGCCCAUUUGAGUUAACGAAGAUGGAUUUUGCUCGAUGUACUGAUGAAUCUAAAGAAUCAGAAAAUUCGUCUACUAAAUGUUGUAGUAAAGUGGAAACUCAGGUGGAGAUUGUUGAACUAAGAGUUCCUAUUGAGCCUUCAACGCCUGAUGCUGAUAGAGAAAGUGGUGAUUUUCCUUCUGAUUCUAAAUCCCCAAUCACUCAGGUUGUGACUAGCAAACCUCUUUUAUUAACUUGUUUAGAUUCUUUAGGUGAAAGAACUGAAGCCCCUUUAGAGAGUUCUGACUCUUUUGAUCCUUUGUGUAGCCCUCGUACUCCUAAGGAUGGUGUUUUUGAUCCCUUUUCCCCUGCCCCUGCUCAUUUGGCUUUAGCUCCUAUCUCUAGAAAAUAUUUUAGUGGCUCUGUGGGCUUUGUUCCUCGCCGUCUUCAAUUUGGUUCUUCUUCUUCUUCAUUGCAAUUAGUGGAAGCUGAAGAAGAACAAUCCAUUUCUGAUAGUGAGCUGUUGGAGGCAGUUUAUGAGAAUCUCUUGGAAGUUAUUGUUUCCCAUCAAGCUGAAUCUUCUCUUGCUCAGCUCUCAAGCUCUCAAAGUGAUUCUCCUGAUUGUAAUACACCUCCUACGUCUUUUAUGAGUGGGGUUGCUCAAACUUGUCCUGCUGCGCCCGUUAAGCCCUCAAGAAAGUUGCGCAAUCUCGACAUGGGUUUGUGUAGAAAGCUUGAGUUCUGAAUGUUGGUGCAUUUCUAAUUAGCUUCAGAUCAUUGCAUAGAAGAAUGUAGGUAAAGUUGACUCUGGAGAAUGAAUUACUUACUUGCUAAUUUGAACAUCUGACGUUUCUGUACUGAUUAUAUGACUAGCAAAAUCUCUGCUGAAGCAGGCUGAUUAUUGUAAAUUUUGGAAGUCUUCUUUUGAUGAACAAGCUUGUUGGGUUGGAUCAAGGAUGUUUGUCUUGUGAUCUCAUCUCCUCAGUUUGGUUAAGAGUAGGAUUGAGAUGAUAUUGACCAAUAAACCAAUCCUCUUUGUUACUCUGAUCAGCAAGUUGUUAAUAUGAUGUCAUUUUUAUUCAUUUAGCUAAUAUUACUUUAUUUCCUAGGCAGAGAUCCACCUGUAGAAAUGCUGAAUGAAGAAUUAUUUGUUACUGGUAUCAUUUGCCAAAAGAACUUGUACUCUUACUUUUUUUCUGUCAGGAUUGUACCAUUUCUAGCUCACCUUCUAUUAUGAAUGUUAAAUUCUCAUUUCACUAAUAACUAAUCUUUUUGUAUCUUCUGGUGAUUUCACAACCAAGGACCUUACAAGUUCCAACGCUCCAGUUUUUCAUAUUAGUUUGAAUCUAGUUAGCUAUUUUACGGAUUAUUUAAGACUGGAAUAUGCUUAUGGCAAUCGAACUAACUUUGAACUAUUGAAGAUACAAGAUAUAUGAAGUGAGUCGGAUUACUAAUUUGUGAUUUUAUUCAUUAAACUUGUUGGAAUGUCUUGAGUAUCUUAUUUAGUGUUUCGAAUGAAUAAGCACAAGGUCUUGUUAUUUACAUUAUUUAGAGUGUUAUAUAAACUCUCAAAUUCCAUUAAUGUCUCUUAAUCUACAAUUUAUUAUUUUUUUCUCUAAUAAUAAAUUGCUAUUCCUUUGCCCUGACAUAACAAACACAAUAUUAGUGAACCAAGUAAAUGUUUUUCCGAUUCCUCGUAACAAAGCACAUGUUGAUUUGAGAUGUCUAAUUGACCCGGGUUCGAAAAUGAGUGAUGAUGGAACUCCCAGGUGAUUGUGGAAUAGAAUACUAGAAUUUAAUGUUCAUGCAGAUCUUUCAGAAAAUGGAUUGAUGUAUGGUCGAAACUGAUGCUUCCAUGAAAUGAGAAAUGUUAGCAAAGAAGUAAGACGAAAGAACUAAGAAAGAAGAAAUUGGUGGCAGUCAGUUCAGAUUCUCUUGGUGGCUUAGGCAUGGGUGUUGCUCUUGCUUUCUUCUUUUUGGCAGGCAGAAAGUGGCAAUUUUCAACAAUGGGUGUAGUACAAGUCUUAAAAGUACAUAGACUUUUGAGAUUUAGGAUUUAUUUGAUGAAAUCCUAACUUACUUUUUAUUAUGUCCUACUUUUUGAUCUAGUUGUUAAUUGGAUAAGCUCAGUUUCACUUCUAAUUUCCAUUAAAUUAAAUACUGACUUCAAAUAAACUAAUUGAGGUUGCCGUAGUGGUCUUUUAGACCAUGUAAAGACGUAAGGUGUGGUGGGAAUGAAUUUUAAUUACAAGUUCUAUGAUCAAAAUGUAA